CUCCAUCUUCAUGAUCACGACUCACAAAAAAGGUAAAAACUGAAGCAAACAACAAUGGCGAACCCAGAGGGUAGUAGCAGAGGUUCAAGAUGGUCCCUUAAGGGAUCCACUGCCCUCGUUACUGGAGGCACACGUGGAAUCGGGCAUGCUGUGGUGGAGGAACUGGCGGAGUUUGGUGCCACGGUGUACACUUGUUCCAGGAAUGAAGAGGAGCUGAAUGCACGCUUGAAGGAAUGGAAAGAGAAAGGGUUUUUGGUUUCUGGGUCGGUUUGUGAUGUGACUUCUCCAGCCCAAAGAGAGAACCUCAUUAAACAAGUGGACUCUGCCUUCAACGGCAAGCUCAACAUACUUGUAAACAAUGUGGGAACAACUGUGAGGAAACCAACAAUAGAGUAUACUACUGAAGAUUAUUCAAAAUUGAUGGCAAUUAACUUGGACUCUGCAUACCAUCUCAGCCAACUUGCAUAUCCUCUUCUUAAAGCAUCUGGAAAUGGAAGUAUUGUGUUCAUUUCCUCUGUUGCAGGUCAGACAAGCGUAGCUUCUGGAGCCAUUUAUGCAGCAAAUAAAGCUGCUAUUGAUCAGCUUUCUAGAUAUCUUGCGUGUGAAUGGGCGAAAGACAACAUAAGGAGCAACAGUGUUUCACCCUGGUAUACCAACACAUCAGUUCAUACACAGUUGCUUACAAAUAAGGAAAUUGUUAACGAGAUAAUAUCUCGAACGCCAAUAAAGCGAAUUGCAGAAGCACAUGAAGUGUCAUCCUUGGUGACUUUCCUUUGUUUGCCAGCAGCUUCUUACAUGACUGGACAAGUUAUUUGUGUUGAUGGAGGAUUUAGCGUGUAUGGAUUUCAACCCAGCGUGAGAAUUACUUGAAAGAAAAAUGGAUUUUUUAUGGUUAGAUUAUGUGAACAAAGUGGUCGCUUGAGUUUUGGACCUCCCAUGAUCAAUAUGUUUUGAAUGGCGAAUGAGUUAUGUUAGUAUUUUAAAGAUAAAUUUAGGUAGAUAUAUUCAAUACCUAUAAGAUUAGGGGUGCACUCUCCUUACGUCUCGUUCAA